UGGGGAGGUUGGCUGGAAGUGCUUCAGCCAGAUAGUUGGAGUAGACACUCUUCUGCUUCCUGCCUGCCCGCCUGCCUGCCUGCGUUGCUUGCUCCGUAGCUGAGAGGGAGAGAGAGAGGGAGAGAGAGAGAGAGCGAGAGAGACAAACACAGAGAGAGAAAAUCCCUGUCUAGGCAUGGCCCUCCGGCUGCAGCACUCGGCAGCUCACGAGGAAUGACAACAGUUCACAUGGUCAUUAACUCCAGUCGCUGAGGCCGAAGGGAGAACUGCACUAGCUCAGCGUCACAGAAGCACGGGGUGCCUCCUAUGUUCGGGACAGUAGAGGGAGAAAGGCGCACAGCAGAAGUACGGGACUCGGUGAAACGAGAUCACUGACAGAAAGUGCCUUGUCAGACAACACCCUUACUUGAAGGUCCCUGGGCGUUUCUACAGAGCUCCAGACGUUCCAGCACACAGCUGCGAUAGGACGUAGCUCAGCGGCAAACACCCCUGAACCCGUGUCGUCUUGACCUGGCCUCGGUGUGAAGAAAACCUAAGUGAAGAGGUGGAACUGCUGCACUGGUGGCCAAGGUGCCAAAGCUCAUAACGCUGAGGACAUUAGGAAAAUAGAAAGCCACCACCUUCGUAUUGUCCUAAACUGUGCCAUCGCACCUCAAAAUAGCGCUACUAUUGCUGCCCAGCAUUCAGGCUUGCACGGCUAUCAUCAGUCAAAGAAAGGACAUUUCGGGGACAUAGGUACAACCAGCAGAGCUUGUUUCCGAGCAUGUCCCCUCUGCCUUGUCAGAGGGCUGCACCUGAGACUAACUGAUUGAUGAACAACAAGCUCUGUGACUGACAGACUCCACGGCAGCAGUGCAGUCCCAUGCUUCGGCCUCGGGGGCUUUGCCAGUCCAUUACCACCACUCUGUCCGCAAGGGUAACCCUCUUCCGCUGACCCGAAGCAGAUCAUUUUUAGCUGCAUGUUCCAUCAGUUUUAGUCGUCUUGUUGUUUUCUGAUUUUCACUGGAACACUCUCAAACGCUCCGCAGAGGAUAGCCUCCUCCUUAAACCAAGUGGCUCCGCUCCACCCCGGCCUCACAGCCAGUGCUGCUGACAUGGCUCUAAACAUUGCUUCGAUACGGGACACAAAAUGGCUGACCCUGGAAGUGUGCCGGCAGUUUCAGAGGGGGACUUGUUCGCGCAGUGACGAGGAAUGCAAAUUUGCCCACCCGCCCAAAAGCUGCCAGGUGGAGAAUGGGAGGGUGAUUGCCUGUUUUGACUCACUAAAGGGCCGAUGCACGCGAGAGAACUGCAAAUAUCUCCACCCGCCAGCUCACCUGAAGACCCAGCUGGAGAUUAACGGGCGAAACAACCUGAUCCAGCAGAAGACAGCAGCCGCCAUGUUGGCUCAACAGAUGCAGUUCAUGAUCCCUGGCACUACCAUGCAACCUGUGCAGACAUUCCCAGUCAGCCAGGGCCUGGGCUCCAGUGCAGGCUUGAGCUACACACCCUACCUGACUCCCAUGUCUCACAGCAUGGGCCUGGUGCCCACUGACAUCCUGCCCAGCACACCUGUCAUCGUCCCCGGCAGCCCGCCUGUCUCUGUGACCACCGGCUCCUCCUCCAGUCAGAAGCUGCUGCGCACCGACAAGCUAGAGGUUUGCCGUGAGUUCCAGCGGGGUAACUGCGCUCGUGGCGAGACCGACUGCCGCUUUGCCCACCCCAGCGACAGCCCCAUGAUCGACACCAGCGACAACACAGUCACCGUCUGCAUGGACUACAUCAAGAGCCGCUGCUCCCGCGAGAAGUGCAAGUACUUUCACCCCCCAGCCCACCUGCAGGCCAAGAUCAAGGCAGCCCAGCAUCAGGCCAACCAGACGGCCGUGGCUGCGCAAGCCGCAGCCGCAGCUGCAGCUAUGACUCAGUCGACUGCCAAAGCAAUGAAGCGACCCCUCGAGGCAACUGUAGACCUGGCGUUCCCCCACGGCGUCCUCCAGCCCCUACCAAAGAGACCAGCACUUGAGAAGAGCAACGGGGCGAGUUCCCUGUUCAACCCCAGUGUUUUGCACUAUCAGCAGGCUCUGGCCAACGCACAGCUCCAGCAGCCCGCUUUCUUUCCCACAGGGUCAGUCUUGUGCAUGACACCUGCUAGCAGUCUUGAUCAUCCUGAAGUAAGCAUCGGGAAGGGAACGGAGUGUCAUGAAGCUGCACUAGGAAACCCAAAACAGCCCCUCUGUAAAUACUACCUUACCUCUCCCAUAGAGGUCCAGCAACCUGCAUGCUAAGAGUGUAACACUACAAUUUAACCAUAAGAACUGCAGUGCCGGUGUAACAUACACACAGAAUAAAAGAUAUAUAUGUAUUGCUAGUAAAAACCCUAUUAACAUGAAAAAAGUCAAAAAUAUUCCUAUGUACAGUACUACAUACAUAGCCGACACACUAUAGAGACGGUGAGGUCAUUUUAACAAAUUGUUCUCUCAAAGUACCGUGGGUCCCCUCUCUUUUCACAUUUGUUUUAAAACCUCUGCACAACGUUCAUCCCCUUGUUAGUAAAAACAAAAGUUGCUCGUUUUGCACCACAUGACAUAGUGGCAUAGUGACAUAGUGCUCACUUAUCGGCGUGGGUGAUAGAGGAGUCACAGAAAACCCGCGCACAACCACACCGACGCUUUCAAGGGACAGAGAACUAGAGGGUUUCAUUUCGCCGUCUUCGCUUUUCUCUCUGCAAAGCUGAGCGUCCUCGGGGCAGACAGCUCAUGUUUUCUUAAUGUGACUGUCCUCGUGAGCUUUUCCACUGCGGCCCGCAACUUUCCCCAGCACACCGGUAAAGAUGCCAUGACAAAGCUCGUCCUUCUCAAAGCCCCUGCCAACGUUUUCAUCUCUGGAAACAUCUUGCCAAACUGAUGUCCAAACGCUGGAAGCAAUUGGUGGAAUCGACCUGCAUAGUUUAACAUCCAGCCUCUCUUUUUCUUUGUUUUUGUUUUUUUGCCAUCGCCCAAGUUGCGUAGAUAGCAAAUACGCCCACACCAGUCCUUGCAUCUCCCCAAUCUAAUUUUAUUUGUUUCAAUGCUGGGUUCAGUUUUGUGUUUGGGAGUGGUGGGAUAGAUUGUGUGUGGAUUUGUGCGUGUGGUUGGGACAGGGGAGGACGGUGCUCAGUGUUGAGAGAAGAUAGUAGUGGCCAUUACCGAAAAGCCUAAAGGCUUGGGUCUGUGCCAAGGGCUUAACAAAGCUUGUGGGUUAGUUCCAGACAUACCAAGCCUUGUGUGCGUGAGUGUGUGUGUGUUUGUGUAUGUUUAAGUAUGUAUGUGGAGACUGAUGGUCUGCCGGCAGACUGGGACUUCAAGCGGGGUCUACCAGGUGAUGACAACACGAGGCCUGGCAGGACGGUUCGGGGGAUUUAAGUGCUAAGACUCUACAAACGGUGCAUUUGACGAUCCGCGUCAAGCAAAAGAUGACUUGAACUUUGACUGGAGGGCUAUCUGUGACCGUCGGUUGUCCUGUCCAACCCUGCUAUCACCGAUAAUCCUGUUCCAUUUGAGAAAACUGUAGAAGUGCCUAAAAAAUGCUCAUAAACACCACAUGCAUCCAGAGUGUAUCACUUUAAAGUCACUGACACAACACAACACACUGGUCGAUCAAUACAGCAGCUGUCAGAAACGCUGAACGGACCUUUGGGAAAGACAUCACACUUCACCGUUAUUGGAGUCCUGACCCGGUUUUCUAGCAACUGUCCAUUAACAUCACAAGUGACUUUAUCUAAUUUGAUUAAAAAACAACAACAACAACAACAAAAGAGACAAAACACACGACAAAUCAAAAAUAGCUUUGUAGAAUGUUUGGUGACUUUCAUGGUGUACCAUCGUUUCUUACCAUGGUUUGAGUAGUUUACAUGAGGAACGUGAGUGAGAAAUUCAGAUAAAAAAAAAAAAUGUAUUGUAAAACUGUGUAAUGUAUGUAAAGUGUCUCUUAUUUUGAGAGUUUAUAUUCAUGGUUCUAGAAAUGUAUUCAGAGUUAUUUAAAAAUUUGUGUUGUGUGUACUCUCGAGGUAUGUUUGGGCCCCUCCCCACCCCACCUCCAGAACAAUCAGUUGUUUUUUUUUUUUUUUUUUUUUUAGCCAAGAUCAUAAAACCUGUUAUUAUAUCAUUUUAGACCAACCCUCUUAUUAUUUGCUAAUGUGUUUUACAAAAGUGUGUUUUAACUCAUGUGAUACUAAACAAUCUUGUUCUUUUCCAUUCUCCUAUCAAAAUUCUGAUGUAUUUUCAUGGUGCUUGAUUAACAUAGACAAUCCACAAUCAUACUUUAGGUUGAACUGAGGGUGAGGGACAGGGCCUCACUCUGCGUUCUCAUUUUGGUUUCAUUCACUUUGGUUUUCUUCUCACGCAUACACGGUUUGUAUGUAAUAUUUGAUUGUGGAAGGUGGUAAAAGUUAUAUUUUGUUGUAAUUUAUCAUAUGUUACUCUUGGUCAAAUUUUAGUCAGAAACAAUGUUGUAAACUAUUCUAUUUUGAAAUGAAUGUAAUUUAUUGAGCUGUGCUGCGUUCUGCACGGUUGGUCACUUCAAGGUCUAACCAGUCAGGUUCAGCGAAUGAGAAGACACACAAGAGCAGGGGGUGGGACUUAAAAGGCGACCCACCAAUAGAAAGCUACUGGAUCUUUCUUGCCUUCUCAUGGAAACGGAUCAUAGUGUUGCAGUAAUGAGCAUAGCUAUAGAAUUGCUUGUGUUGUUGAGAAAAAAAUGUUUAUUGUAUAGAUGACAUUUUACCAAAAAAAGAGAAGAAAAUUUCAAAAAAGAUGUACUUUUCACUCUAGUAUAAUAGUAUUUCAUAACAAUAUUAAGUUGUUGCUGUGGCAACCAAAAGUUGCAAUUACUAAAGUUCGGUAUUUUUGUAAAUGACAUUGUUAAGUUGAUUUUUUUUUUUCUUUUUGCUAGAACACUGUACACAAGGUAGAUUGUAAAGAAGAUAUGAACAUUUCUUAUUCUUCAUUGAGAUUAUGACAAUGACCUAAUAUUUUCAUUAGCAAAUAACAGCCUCUAUAGAGCUGUAACUGUAACACUUAAAUAGAUAUAAAUUCAUCAAUGUUACAUAGAUUAUAUAUAUAUAUAAAAGAACUAAAUAAUCUAUAAAUUAAUAAGUUCAGAUGUACAACUCUUCCCCUGACAGAGGACCUCGUGGUUCCACAUGAGACAUUUUAUUCGAGGCGUAUGUAUCACUAGAGUUAAGGAUUGCACUUUUCAUAUUGUUUAAAGAUGUCAUCUGUUUUAAUUUUCAUUCGAGGUUUAGAGGUUACUGCACCCUCGUAGGACAGUAAUUGUGCUUAUCAAUCACAACCAGUUACUACCGGUAAAUACUUUAAUUGAGAAUCUUGCAUGGGAAAAAAAAAACGAUAUUUUUUCUUACUAAAUGAUAACGUACUGAAUGUUUCUAGUUUAAAAAAACAGAAAAAAUGUCUGUACACAAAAUGUCCUCAUUUGGUGACCCACAAUGCCCUUGUGUAUGGAAUCCUCUUGAGAUGUAAUGUUUUUUUUGAGAUGUGUUGGCAGUGACUGACUGAUGGUAACAAAAGAGAAAAAAUGUAAGCACUUUCUGAGCAGUUGGUCAACUGAGCAGACUCAGCUUAUCCAAACACUUUGCCUUAUCUUGAGUCCAUCGUGCUUAAGGUUUUACGUUUUUAAGAGCUCUUAAGAAAUAUAUUAAAGGAAGACUGUACAACUGGUCUCUCUUCUCAAAUAAUUUCUCAGUUUCAUUUCAAAUAUAUAUCUUUAUAUCUAAAAUAUGUUUUGUUUUGUUUUUUUAGGGUUGUUUUUUUUUUUUUUUUUUUUUUUUUUAAGGUUUUAGGUUCUCAUCACAAGGCCAAAAGGGUUGACUGCAACACAGUGAGCAGUCAUUGGUCUCUAUUCCUGGUUAGGGCCAUGGUCUCCCAAAUCUGUCGAGAUCUUUUCUGUCCCAUUACCUUGCAAUGGAACAAAGAUCCCAUUAGCAGUCAAGGUCCUCUGGGAAACCAGUCCCAGAGCUUGUUGUUGACAGCUUUAGCCAGUAGAGGGCACUACACUGAGGACUGCAGGUGAUGAAUUGUGACUGCCCGUGCCAUCAUUGUUGCAGUGUAUCCUAACGACAAUGUAAAAAUGAAAUACAACAAUGUCAACUGACAACAAGACCCUCAUUGGAUUUAUAGUUUAAAUGUAAUCAAUUUCAGUGUUUUCUUUUUUGCAUAUAUUUUGUGCUAUUUUAUGUUUCUAUAGUCAAAUGUUUCUUUUGUUCCAGCAAGAUAGUGUAAAAUCUAUUGAAAGAAAGAAAUAAAGAAAAUUAAAGGA